CUCAAACACACCAUUUACUGAAAGCUCCUUUAUAACCCUAGUUUGCAAAUCAUUAAUUCCAGUAAAGUGGUUAAUGGUUAAUGCUUGACCAGACAAAGGUAUGUUGCCAUAAACUUGUGCGACUUCCGGUGCAAGGAAGAAAACAGCCAUCUCAGUGCAGGAAAAUAACUGGAACAAUAGAACAUGUCUCAUAUUCAGCAUGUAAUCCUGAUAUUGGCUUUCUAUGGGUCAAUGGAUGUUACAUUUGCUUCAAAAUGGGUUAAAAGAAAAGGACCCCUUGAAGACAAAGUUCUUACUAUCCCAGAGAACACUGUAGGAGAUUACCUCAUCUUCCAAUUUAUAUCAAAUAACACCAACAUCAUGCAAUAUACAGUAUCGGGAGAAACAGAAAACAAAAUCCACAUUGACUCUGAUGGUAGUUUGUUCUUGAAUGAUUCAUUAGACUGGGAAACAAGGAAUGUUCAUAACAUACAGAUAAGUGCGCAAGAUGAGAACUCAGUGACUGUGGAGGGACCAGUAAACAUUAAAAUAACUGUCUUGGAUAUUAAUGAUAAUAAGCCUAUCUUCAAUCAGACCAUUUACAAUGGAGUAGUGAGACAGCACUCACGACCUGGGCGGCCCUUCAUGCGUGUUUUUGCCACAGACAAGGAUGAUCCAAACACUCCAAAUGCUAAACUCAAUUAUUCAAUUCUAACCCAAAUCCCAGAACUCCAUCAAGUGAAUCUCUUUCAGAUUGACAGUGAAACCGGGGAAAUCUCUUCCACUCCAGAUGGCACCCGACAGUUGGACCCAAGCAAGCAUAUGCACUAUGUCCUGUUUAUUACAGUAAAAGACUUAGAAGGUUUGUCAGUAAAUUCCUUAUCUGACAAUGCAAAAGUGCAAAUCGAAGUAAAAGAAAACUUAUGGCAGCCUCCAGGGCCGGUAUCAAUUAAAGAAAAUUCCACAGAACCUCACCCAGUUUUUAUUACACAGGUUAGGUGGAAUGAGCCUGGAGCAAUAUAUGAGCUUGGUGAAAAGGAAAGAUAUUCAAAAUUCCCUUUUAUGAUUAAUAGAGAUGGGAACAUUUAUGUGACUGAUCCCUUAGACAGUGAAGAAUCAGAAAGGUAUGUGCUGGUGGUCUUUGCAAAAGGCAAAAAUAAUGAAAACCUUGAACAACCAUUAGAGAUUCUUAUAUUAGUGGAAGAUAUUAAUGACAACCCACCAGUUUGUGUCCAGGAUGUAACAACCUUUGAAGUUCAAGAGAAUGAAAAAAUAGGAAAUCAAAUAGGCAUCCUUCAAGCCACAGACAUGGAUAGAAAAAAAGAGAACUCUUUCCUUAAGUAUGAACUCCUAGACCAGGAACCAGAUCAGCCUAAUGCUAGGAUGUUCAUGAUUGAUCCAUAUUCUGCGAAUAUCCAGAUAUCCAAUGACAACUUCCAGAAGAAAAUUGUGUCUGAAUAUAAGUUAAAAGUGAGAGUCUCUGACAUGGAUGGGGAACCCACAGGAUUCAGCACUAAUUGCAGCGUUACCAUCAAAGUCAUUGAUAUAAACAACAAGAUUCCUGUAUUUGACAAACAGCAGUACCCUCCACUCAAUAUAUCAGAAGAUGCAGCAAUUGGAACCCUCAUGUGUAAAAUUCGCGCCACUGAUGCAGAUGAUCCAGGAACAGGUAGCUGGAAAAUCAUAUAUAAAGUUGCUGAGGGAGACCCCACUGGCAUGUUUAUUGUUGACACAGAUGAAGAAACUAAUGAAGGAUAUGUGAAGAUAAACAAGCACCUUAACUUUGAGAAGGUGUCCCUUUACCAUUUAAGGAUUGAUGCCAGAAAUCCUGAACCACUGGUUUUUGGAAUUGAUUAUAACUCAAACUCUUCAAUGUAUCUUGCCAUUGGUGUGAAUAAUGUCAAUGAAGCUCCAGAGUUUGAUAGCUCAUUUUACCACAAGGUGGUCUUGGAGAACAUUACAGUAGGGAGUGUUAUUCUCCGUGUCCAUGCCAUUGAUCCUGAAGGUUCCCUUGUGAGAUACAGACUAGAAGAUGACAAGUUUGAUUGGCUUACAAUUGAUCCUAACUCCGGAGAAAUCACCACCCAGGCAUAUCUGGACAGAGAAGUGACAAGCCUCUAUACAAUCCGCGUCUUGGCUACAGAUACGACUGACCUUGUGUCUUCAGUUUAUGUUUCUAUUUCCUUGGAGGAUGUCAAUGAUAACCCUCCAUCACUGGAUGUUAGGAAUAAUCCCCACAUUUUCUGUUAUCCUCUACAACAAAAGUACCAUGUGAGAAUAAAUGCUACAGAUAAGGAUUUGUCCCACAAUGGACCCCCAUUUCAGUUUUCAAUUCAGCAGCAGCAUUUGAAUGACUGGGAAAUCUCUGUGGUUGAUGACCAUUCUGCAGAUUUGAUAAUGAAGCAUGUCAAAUUUGAAGAGAAGCAUUACAAUGUGACAGUAUAUGUUGAAGAUAAUGGGAAAAAAGGAAAAAGUCAGACUGUUACUGUGAUCGUUUGCAAAUGCUCACAAUCUGGCAGCUGUUUUCUUGAAGUGCAGCAUUUAAGAGGCAUGCCUUCUGUGGGAAUGACUGUUGGAGUAAUUCUCGGAACCCUUUUGUUUAUAGGUGCUAUCUUGAUUGCUGUGUUCUGUCAUCUGAAAAAACAGAAGUCAGGAAGUGAAGAAAGAAAUAUGAAGAAAACAUAUUAUUGAAAGUGGACUAAUGCUGAAAAAAUAUCCUGUUUAUAUAAACCUUUAUCUACAUAAGUGCUGAUAGAGUGAUUAGAUCAAAUGUAGGUUUUUGUCUAUUUUUAGGACUAUAGUUUUGUUUUUUAUGAUAAUGCUUCACCCAAACAACUCCAUAUUGGCCUGGAUAAAGCCUAUAUAGUGGAACAUGCUGUUACUGAAAUGUGUUAACUGAAGGGUCAGAGAGAAAACAAUAAAAGUAACAAAGAAAACUGUAUCGAAAAACAAAGUAAUAGUGUAAUGCCCAGUCAGGUGUAUUGUAGUGUUGUAGUGGAAAGAAAAUUACUAGGCAAAAAGAAUUAUGAGAUGCUUGUUCAUGUGGUUAUAAUAAAAUGAUUCUGAGCAACAGAUACUCCUCAAGUAGUGAAGCCUCGAGCUUCAUCAGGACAUGUUAAUGCUUUUGUAGGUAUAAAAAUAUACUACACAGCUUCCAACAGAUAUGGCAAUACUUUUAAUGUUACUUUUGAGUAUGACAUAUCAUAUCAUACAAGGAAUCUUGCUCUAUAAAUUCCUCCUCAUCUGAAAAGGCAACAAACAGAUAUUGAUUUGGCAAAGAUGGAUUCAAGUCUAAUUCAUUACAGGUCUCCUACUUAGAAAUAUAUUUCAAUACUCAUGUUUUAUAAUCUGGACAUAUUCUUAUUUAUUAUGAUUAAUUUGUAAAUGUGAAAAGCUUUGCUCAUUACAAUCACUUAAAAAACAAUAAAGGAUAUGCACUUCAGUGUUUGAUGGUAACAUACACACAAUGUGGAAGACUUCAAAAUUAAAAGCAAGAAGCCACCAAUCUAAAAUUGUAAAUGGACUUGAGGGGUUGUCACUAUAAACCAGAUAUCCAUGUCUGCAGGGGAAUGUGGCAUUAAAGUAGGAGGAAUUUGAAGCGUUUAACAUUAUAAAGUAGCUUUUGUGAUGUACAACAAAGUGUAUAUCUAUUUUAUGAAAGGAGACCGAUCAUUUUUAUCCUGUUAACCACAUGGUCUGUCACUUCCUAAAAUUGAAUAAACAAUUCCCUUAAGUACUGAAUCUGCCUGAAGAGUGUGAUAUUGAAGACACUUAUAUGUUUUUUAUGGACUCGGAAGUUUUUACUUUGCUACAUUUUUCACAAGUAGACAACUCAAAUAUUUUAUAUGUUUAUGAUUCUCUAUAUUUGCUAUUGUACAAAUAUUUUCUGUAAGAAAAAAUAAAGUGUUGCGGAAAUAUUGGCUUGGAUUAUUGUUAAUAAAUGACUUUUUUAUCAAGU